AUGCGUAGAAUGAAUAACCUAGACCACUCAACACAGUCCACCCUCCUGGAUGCCUUUCAACGACAGAUCACCUUCGUCGAAUCCAACAAAGAUAAUCAAACGCAAAUCUUGGAAGAAUACUUCAACCUUUCAAUCACUCCAAGCAACGAAACGAAGCUGUCUCAUACAAAAGAAUCAGGCUCACCAACACCUGAAAUAUCUGGCAAACCUCCAAUCUAUCCGAAGGCGUCUACAUCCAAUCCAAACCCAACCGAGACUAAGACUGGUCAAUCAGCUCCCUUUCAACUUAAUCAGGUGCCUUCCCAACCCUCAUGUCAAACGUCUAUAGCUCCCAAUGCCUCCUCCCUUGACCAAACCAAUCACCAAACCAAUCAACAGCCAAUUGAGCCAGCCAACAUGUCUACACCACCCGAUUUCGAUAUGGAACUCAACAAAUCGACUGAACAAGCUGAUGAAGAAGAACGAUUUCCUUGUAUUCCAGCUGAAGACAACAAAGAACGAUUUCCAGGCAUGAUCAUUGAAAAUGAUGAAGGUGAACCUCAACUGUCAGCAAUUGAAGCUAUCAACCCGGCUUCAGGCUCUGCCACCUUGCCUGCAGCGGCAGCGGCAAAGAUCACAGUACCUCAUAACCCUAAGGAGAAAGGUAAAGGUCGUAAGGCGUUAGUAACGGCUCCUGCUCGGGCAUCAACUCGCAUCAAAGGUUUGAAGGAGACAAUUCCACCCAUCAAAGAACCAGCAAAGCCUUCCCUUAAGAUGAAGAGCAAAGCAACGGUACCGGCUCCGGUCAUCCCCAGCCCUCCAAAACCCACCUUGAACAAUGAGCCUAGACGACUAUUGCGGUCCCAUUCCCAUCGGUCACAAGCUACCUCCGACAAACCUUCAUCCACCAGUCUUUUCACCAAGGUGGGCCAAGAAGCAUAUGAAUCCCCCAAACAAGAUGGAUUGGCUUCAAAGGCUCCAGUCGAUGAGGUUGAAGAAAAAUCUGAACUGCUCAAAGAAGAAAAAACGUCCAUGAAGAUACUGACAUAUUCCAUCUAG